AAAGACGCAGAUCCUAAAACAGGCCUUUUCUCAAAGACUAUCCAACUUAGCGAGAUGGCUGUGAACUCUCAGCAAAUCUGUCCUCAAAAAAUCUCCUCAUUUUUCCAAAAUGAAGAUCUCCAAGGUUCAGUUUUUGAUAAGAUUGAGAUCUUUUGGCCAAACAACUUACUUAAGGAAAGAAUCGUUGUAGUUGACAGUCCAGGAUUUGAAAAAUCACGCAUCGUGGAGGAGAAAGUAAAGGCGUACCUUUCUGAAGCUUUCGCAGUUCUCUGCGUUAUUGACAGUUCAGCACAGCAACAAAGGAUGCAAGAAACAAUCAAACAAUGCAGAAGAUUAUGUCUUGACCAACUGGAAACCUCCUCAAUUUUUCCUCUUUUCCUAUGUAACAAUUGGCACCAAUUAUCUCAACUCAGAGAAUAUUGGCCUGAAUUAGACCCAGAUUCCCAAACCAUUUUCAUUUCAUCGCCUUACGCCACAAACGAUGACACAGCCGUCGCGGAGUUUGCGUCGCUGAUGGAUGCUGUUAAAUCCACCGCCUUGCAAAGCAAUAAAGAAACGCUGCAAAUGCAGUGGAGGUGGCUUGACUUAGCCAUUUCACGUAUGGCCUACCACAUGAAAAUGGUCAUGGAUCAUUGCCCUUCCACCGAUCGUAAAAUCGUCUCUUCACAUUUUGAACGCCUUCGUGACGUUGAGAUGCGCCUGUGCUCAAUUGAAUACGAGUUGCAAGAGUAUUUCAGAAAACUGGCAGACGACGCCGUUAGGGUACUGUCCAACCACCUCCAGUCUUGCGAAGUUAUGAAACAAUUUACCUCGUGGACGCUUGAUGAUAUUCCACACGCUGGAGAAAGUUGGGAGGUGACCGAACAUCUUAUCCAAGAUGCAUUUAUGAAGCGACUUCAGACCACGAUUACCGCGUGGGAAGAAAAAAGCCAAAUUUUAUCCUACUCUUGCAGAUCUCUGGUCCAAUUGUCCCACCAGCGAUUUGAUAAAACUAAGAGUCUACUACCUCUCCGAUACCUAAAAAACUCCGUCAUCACGGAUGCUGGUGCUAGUGGAUCACAUACUUGCCAGUCUUCAAAUGACUUCAGCGAGGCACAAAAAGUUAUGAUCGGGCUGACAAGUCCAAUUUGGGUUCCAGUCGGCCUGGCAGUUUUAGUUGGCAGCGUCCCAUUCAUGGGUAUUAGGAGACUUAAAGAGAAAGUAACAAAUUGGAAACGUUCGAGAAAAUACGAAAAAGACAAACAGAGCUUUAUCGUGCAAGCCUCCCGUGAAUACCUUCGCAGUGUGGCUCAAGAGCAACACCUUUGGUUGUUCGUGGAGAAGGAGCUCAAAGAUGUUAAGGUUUACCUUACGAAAGUAUCAUCUUGUUUGCGCGAGCUCAUAGUCGCUGACAAAAUACUAUGCCAGCAGCUCAGAGAUGAGAUUCGCUCUGAGAAGGAAAUAAAAGAAUUAUAUGGCCCUUUGGGAGAGAUGAGUGUUAGAGAAAAGGAAAAGAUGGCCCUCUUUUUCAUUAAAGAAUUACAGAGCAUGGAAAUAAGUCGUAACGACUUGGAGUGGGAUCGAGACGAUCCAAUUUCACUUCUUGGAAAUGGAGAAUUCGCUUCAGUUUAUCGAGGAACAUUCAGGUUACCUGGACAGAGCGAACCAACACAGGUGGCUGUGAAAUUAUGGAGUAAAGAACUAAACGAAUCCACCGCGAUUGGCUUCCUUUCUAACACAGAAAGAAUGAGGAAGCUUGGCUCUCCCUUUAUUGUCAAGUUCUUUGGGACAGCAUUGCUGAAGGAAGGCGAUCGAUUGCUGGUGAUCCAUGUUUUGGAAUUUUGCGAGGAAAACUUGAUGAAUCAUAUUUUUCAGAAUCCUGAAAAUAUUCCUGGAUUUUCUGAAAAAACCUCCGCUAAGAAAAAUGUACUGUGCUGGGCAAAGGACAUAGCUGCUGCCAUAGAGUUCAUACACAACCAGGGCAUUGUUCACCGCAGACUCAAGCUGGAGAAAGUUUUGCUUUCAGAAAGAAACGUCGUUAAGGUCUCUGGUUUUCGCCUUUCUGAAGAGACUAAGACAAUGGAAACCGAUGCCUAUCUUGCCUCCGAAGUGAUCUUUUGCGAAGAGUACGAUAACAAGCUUAAGGCUGACAUAUACAGCUUUGGUAUAAUGCUUUGGGAGAUGUGGUAUGGUAAGAGAGCCCUCCUUGAAAAAGCGGAACAUGUGUCGUACCAAGAGGGUGCAAGACCUUCAUAUGUACAAGACGUGAUCAAGCCUCCAACUAGCUGGCAAGAUCUAAUGCAGCGUUGCUGGGAUGGAAAACCCCACAAUCGACCAGAUGCGGCAGAGUGUCGCAAGCUGUUGACUGUGCUCUCCCAGGAAGUUUACGCACCACCUCUAUGAACACUGGUUAAUAUUAGGGCAGCCAUCUUGAUCGUAUUUCAUAUUUAAAGGUAGAAUUACUGAUAACAAAUUCGUUCUGAUUACUGUAGUUAAUAGCAAAGAGUGAAAUACAAGGAAACAUACAUCAUGAUAGAAUACAGUACGUGGUAGACUGUUGCCAGGCAAGAAACCAUACGUAUAGGCAACAGAAAAUUAUUUUCCAUAAAAGCUGAAGAAAGUGUUUUCUGGAUGAAGGUAAAUCUGUGUUUGAAGACCUUCUUUAUGAUAUAUCAUUUUCGCAUCGAAAAAGGCAAGAGCAGGGUUUUUUUUUGUCAUCGCACGGUUUGUACCAUAGUCUCACACUCAGAAAAAAAGGAAAAAAACAUAAAAAAAGAAACAAUUUCUUUUCACCUCGGCACUCUAACUUUUCUCACCAAUAUAAACGUCUACAGUAUCGUUCUCAACAUGCACAGCUAUCGGUGAUGUUUAUCUCUGGAUCACAGCAUUGAUUACAUUAUUACUACAGGUUUGUUUACGUAAGGAACUCGAGAGAAAGAGUUAUUUCAGCACUUUGAAAUCUUGAGACAGUGUAAGUAUUCAAAGGUUCAAAUUGUGUGAGUAGAAAACCGCUUAGAGACCUUAGGAGCAUAGUUUCAAAACUGAGACGUGCACAUUUGCAUACGAAAAUGUUAGGUCUGUAUAUUGGUAAACUGAAACAUUUAUGAUGAACUCUUUAAAAUAAAGGCCUAAUCAAUAUCUCCAACACCUCCUAACAAUAUUCUUUUAAAAAUUGUUCGUUUUUGAACGAUUAAA